AUGGCAGCAGCUGCAGGGAGAUCUGGGGCGACGGCCGACCCGCAGCCCUCGGGCGAAGGCUGUGCGAGGUACGCGGCGGCGUCGCUGCUGGCGAUCGCCUUCGCCAUCCCCUUCGGCGUGCGCGUGCUGGUGCACCGGGAGACCGGGCGGUGGACGUCGCGCGCGCAGGCCUUCUACCACGCGCACCUCGAGCUCUUCCUCGGCAACGCCUGCCUCGGUAAGCACCUGGAGCUCUUCCUCAGGAACCCUCUUCCUCGUCUCUUUUUCCUCUUCCCCUCUCUUUCUCUCCUUCUCUCGUCACUUCACCCCGCGUCGCCUGCUCCUCCAGUCCUCCCCGGCCUCGCUCUGUGUCACAUGGCAACGUCCAGCUACAUUGGAGCCCAGUUGGAUUGGGAAGGUCCAUUUAACUGA